ACCAUCCUCGGGUUCUUCGGGUGGGGGAGGGGGCGCGUCUCGGCGAGUCACGAUGAUGGCGGCCACCAGCCUGUGGUGAGCUAGCGGAUUCUCUGCUGGUCUCGCAGAGCCCCUCGCGCCUCCUGCAGACUCCGGGGCUGUCGCCGGGCACGUGAGGGAGCACGGCGGCCCGAGCUCGCGGGGAAGGCCGCAGUCGCGGAGGCAGCGGCGCGGCCGAGGGCGAGGGCUGGGGGAGAGGCCGCUCCACAGGGCGAAUGUGACAAGCCCCCACCCCCCACCGCCUUCCUCCCGAGUGCGCGAGGCGCGCGGGCGACCCCGGGGCCCCGCCAGGCCACAGACCCCGCCCAGCGGCCAGCACCCGGAGCAGGCCCGGCAGCCGAGCUGCGCGGCGGCACCAUGCGGGUCACCCUGAAGACCCUCCAGCAGCAGACCUUCAAGAUCGACAUCGACCCCGAGGAGACGGUGAAAGCACUGAAGGAGAAGAUCGAGUCUGAAAAGGGGAAAGAUGCCUUUCCUGUAGCAGGUCAAAAAUUAAUUUAUGCAGGCAAAAUCCUCAAUGAUGAUACUGCUCUAAAAGAAUAUAAAAUUGAUGAGAAAAACUUUGUGGUGGUUAUGGUGACAAAACCCAAAGCAGUGACAACACCAGCACCAGCUACAACUCAGCAAUCAAAUUCUGCCACGACUACCACAGUUAGUUCCUCCACAGCACCAGCUGUGGCUCAGGCUCCAACCCCCGCCCCUGCCUUGGCUCCCGCUCCCACGCCUGCAUCCAUCACUCCAGCAUCAACAACAGCGUCUUCUGAACCUGCACCUGCUAGUGCAACGAAACAGGAGAAGCCUGCAGAAAAGCCAGCAGAAGCACCAGUGGCUACUAGCCCAACAUCAACUGACAGUACCUCAGGAGAUUCUUCUCGGUCAAACCUUUUUGAAGAUGCAACAAGUGCGCUUGUGACAGGUCAGUCCUAUGAGAAUAUGGUAACAGAAAUCAUGUCAAUGGGCUAUGAACGAGAGCAAGUAAUUGCGGCCCUGAGAGCCAGUUUCAACAACCCUGACAGAGCAGUGGAGUAUCUUUUAAUGGGAAUCCCUGGAGAUAGAGAGAGUCAGGCUGUGGUUGACCCCCCUCCAGCAGCUAGUACUGGGGCUCCUCAGUCUUCAGUGGCUGCAGCUGCAGCAACCACGACAGCGACGACUACAACAACAAGUUCUGGAGGACAUCCCCUUGAAUUUUUACGGAAUCAGCCUCAAUUUCAACAGAUGAGACAAAUUAUUCAACAGAAUCCUUCCCUGCUUCCAGCAUUGCUACAACAGAUAGGUCGGGAAAAUCCUCAGUUACUUCAGCAAAUUAGCCAACACCAGGAGCAUUUUAUACAGAUGUUAAAUGAACCGGUUCAAGAAGCUGGUGGUCAAGGAGGAGGGGGUGGAGGGGGCAGUGGAGGAAUUGCAGAAGCUGGAAGUGGUCAUAUGAACUACAUUCAAGUAACGCCUCAGGAAAAAGAAGCUAUAGAAAGGUUAAAGGCUUUAGGAUUUCCUGAAGGACUUGUGAUACAAGCAUAUUUUGCUUGUGAGAAGAAUGAGAACUUGGCUGCCAAUUUUCUUCUACAGCAAAACUUUGAUGAAGAUUGAAAGGGACUUUUUUUUAAUCUCACACUUCACACCAGUGCAUUACACUAACUUUGUUCACUGGAUUGUCUGGGAUGACUUGGGCUCAUAUCCACAAUACUUGGUAUAAGGUAGUAGAUUGUUGGGGGUGGGGAGGGAGGGACGUAGGAUACAGGGCAGGGAUAAAUACAGUGCAUGUCUGCUUCAAUUAGCAGAUGCCGCAAAUCCACACAGUGUGUAAAAUACUAUACAACCAAAAAUCAGCUUUUGCAGGUCUUUAUUUCUUCUAUAAAACAGUAGGUAACUUUUCCUAGGUUUCACUCUUUAUAGUGUACUAGAUCCAGAAAUUUAGUGUAAUGCCCUGCUUUAUAUUUCUUUGACUUAACAUUGGUUUCAGAAAGAAUCUUUGCUACCUAGAAUCUACAGGCUCUAUUUCAUGGCAACACUGGAUAAAUGGCUUUGUGAAAUUGAAAAAAAUUUUGGAGCAACUGUAAACAGAAAUGCCAAAUUAUUGAUGGUUUUUGUUGCUGCUUCAAAUAAGUAUAAAAUUAAUGUGUAAGGAAGCCCAUUCUUUCAUGUUAAAUACUGGGGUGGGAGAGGGGUGCAGGGGAACCUUUUCUUAAAAUGAAAAUAAUUACUGCUAUUUUAAAAUUUCUUGAUCAUCGAAUGGUGAGACCCUUCUAACAUGAUUUGAGAAGCUGUACAAGUAUAGGCAGAGUUAUUUUCCUGUUUACAUUUUUUUGGUUUGUUUUGGGGAAAAUUGGUAGGUGUCUAAUUCCUGUUUACUUCGUUGUUAUAUUGCAGUAAAAGUUUUAAAACCACCCUUGCAUGUUUGCUUUUGAUGUAUCCCUUUGUGAGAUUAGCACUUUGGGGCCAAUGGAGAAACGCAGCAUUCACGCUCCCUCCUCCCCUUCCCCCCGCAGAAACGUGUUCCUCAGCAAGUCGUCAGUUCAAACUGCUGCCUUUUUUUAAACCCACAGAAUGCUGAUUCAGUUCAAAAUUAAUGCAGAUGUUUCAAAACUGGGUUUCUGAUAUUUGUAAAUGUUUUUCCUUAUUAGAUAAGAAUGUAUGACCAUCAAAGUCAUUAGGAUUAUAUUGCUUUCAUAAAGAGAAGUGGACAGAACUAUAUAAUCCAGCAUCUUUUAUUGCUUUUGAAAGACUGGCAGAAUCUUUUGGAAGGGUUGGGAGAUGCGGCUGGAAAAGUACUUUGGAAAAUAUACAAUCAAGAUCUCUCAUGACAUAUUAAAAGAAAAAUCUUAAUAGCA